CGCGGCGGGACGGGCGGAGGCGAUGUAGCCCGGCAGCCGCCGAGGCUUCCGUCUCGCUCGCUCGCUCCUCUGUCUUGCUCGCUCGUUCGCUCGCUCGCUCGCGCAGCGGCGGCAGCAGAGGUCGCGCACAGAUGCGGGUUAGACUGGCGGGGGGAGGAGGCGGAGGAGGGAAGGAAGCUGCAUGCAUGAGACCCACAGACUCUUGCAAGCUGGAUGCCCUCUGUGGAUGAAAGAUGUAUCAUGGAAUGAACCCGAGCAAUGGAGAUGGAUUUCUAGAGCAGCAGCUGCAGCAACAGCAGCCUCAGUCCCCCCAGAGACUCUUGGCCGUGAUCCUGUGGUUUCAACUGGCGCUGUGCUUUGGCCCUGCGCAGCUCACCGGUGGGUUCGAUGACCUCAACGUGUGUGUUGACCCAGGCGUCCCAGAGAAUGGCUUCAGGACCCCCAGCGGAGGUGUCUUCUUCGAAAGCUCAGUAGCCCGAUUUCACUGCCAAGACGGUUUCAAGCUGAAGGGCUCCUCAAAGAGACUGUGUGUGAAACGCUUCAAUGGGACCCUAGACUGGAUCCCAGGUGACAAACCUGUCUGCAUACAAGAAGACUGCCGGAUCCCCCGAAUUGAAGAUGCUGAGAUUCACAACAAGACAUAUAGACACGGGGAUAAGCUGAUCAUCAACUGUCAUGAGGGAUUCAAGAUCCGGUACCCCGACCUGUACAACAUGGUUUCGUUAUGUCGUGAUGAUGGGACGUGGGAUAACUUGCCCAUCUGUCAAGGCUGCCUGAGACCUCUAGCCUCUUCCAAUGGCUACGUGAACAUCUCCGAGUUCCAGACCUCCUUCCCCGUGGGAACUGUGAUCGCUUAUCGCUGCUUCCCUGGAUUUAAACUCGAGGGUUCUGAGUACCUUGAGUGCUUACACAACCUUAUCUGGUCGUCCAGCCCACCCCGGUGCCUUGCUCUGGAAGUUUGUCCGCUACCUCCUAUGGUGAGUCACGGAGAUUUCAUCUGCCACCCGAGGCCUUGUGAGCGCUACAACCAUGGGACUGUGGUGGAAUUCUACUGUGAUCCCGGCUACAGCCUCACCAGUGACUACAAGUACAUCACCUGCCAGUAUGGAGAGUGGUUUCCUUCCUACCAAGUCUACUGCAUCAAAUCAGAACAAACGUGGCCCAGCACCCACGAGACCCUCCUGACCACAUGGAAGAUCGUGGCAUUCACAGCCACCAGUGUGCUGCUGGUGUUACUGCUCGUCAUCCUGGCCAGGAUGUUCCAGACCAAGUUCAAGGCCCACUUCCCCCCCAGGGGUCCUCCCAGGAGUUCCAGCAGUGACCCUGACUUCGUGGUAGUGGACGGAGUGCCUGUCAUGCUCCCGACCUACGAUGAGGCUGUGAAUGGCAGCUCGAGUGCCUUAGGCCCCGGGUACCUGGCCUCCGUGGGCCAGGGCUGUCCUUUACCUGUGGAUGACCAGAGCCCUCCAGCCUACCCCGGCUCCGGGGACACGGACACAGGCCCUGGGGAGUCAGAAACCUGUGACAGUACCUCGGGCUCCUCCGAGAUGCUCCAGAGUCUAUAUUCACCCCCCAUGUGCCAAGGGGGCAGCCGCCCUGCCCCAGACACCCCUGACACGAUUUCAAGCACAGCAGGGGAGGUAGCAUCCACAAGCCCAGGCAUCGACAUUGCAGAUGAGAUCCCGCUCAUGGAAGAGGAUCCCUAGUCUGGUGACAUCCUGCUAACCCCACUGUCCCCUUUGGGGAAAAGAGCCUUGAACCUUGGAGAGAGGCCACAGGAGGACAGAGCUUGGGCACACAGGGGGUGUUUUUAAUCUAUCUACACGAGGACGGUGAUUCAUACCACACAACUCCAGCAGGACUGUGGGUCUAGCCGACAGCAAUGGCGGUGCUUUCAAAUGAGACUCAAGGGUUUAUCAUGACCUGCAGGGAACAGAGGCAGAGGGGACUCUCUCAGCCUCACCCCCCCCCCACGACAGAGCUGAGUGUCUCUUGCUACAGAGCGUGAGACAGUGCCACACACAUCCCGGCGAGUCACAUAUCCUGUUGCUUCUGUUAACAGCACUCCCUGCUCCUCCGAAAGCAUGUCACAUUGUAUAAAUCUGCUUCUAAACUCUGCUUUGAACUGUCUAGGGACUUUAGACCUGGACAGGUCGGCAUCUGUAAAAAGCCCAUGUUGACCUGCAAACCUCUCUUUGCCCUUACUAGUAAGGGACGGGCUCCCACAGCUGAUCAAAGCAGGAGGAUGUGGCGGUUUGACAGAGAAAGGAAAGGAAAAGCAAGCCACCUCUGCUUUCUGGAAAUGUCUUCAUGCCGAGCCCCCAUGCUCCGUGCUGCCCUCUGGUGACGUGCAUUGGUGCCUGUGUCCAUGGUCUGGCAGUGGACCUGUGGCGUGGGGUAGACCAGUGACUUUACACGUGGGGAGAGCGCGUUCAGAUGCAUCUUGUGGUGGACCAAGUAACCUGGUCGUGUUUGGUUUGGGCAUCGGGCAGACCCCACUCACAUUUAUCUGCUCAUGCCGUCCUAUGUGGGCCAUUGCUGUCCCGUUGUUCUGACCCUAAAACCUAACUGUUCACUUAUUUUCCAAAAAGGCAAGUUUCUGUGAACACAUUCUGCGUUUGGAGGAGGACGAAAGCAUAAGCAGGAUCUUUCGUGGCCAUCCCUCAGCCCCUCAGCUCUAUUUCAUCCCGCUAAGUCCGAAGGCUGGCCUCCCAGCCCCGAGUCACCCUGCCUGCCUGCCAACCCGCGUUUCUAGGAGGGUCUCAUGGCACCCACUGGGUGUUGUGCCUAAGCAAUCGAUCGGUUUUUGAAGAACCCCGAGUCCAGAAGCGUCUCUCCGAACACACGUCGGUCCAUGGUGUCGUUUCCAUCCCUGCUCUGGGUUGUAAACAAAUACAACCAAACUCUCAUCCAUUAAAAUCACUGUGCUGGUAGAGCACCGGGGGGCUGGAGGCUCGAUCGAAUCCCGCUUUCUCUCAACACAGACCGAUUAAAAAUUAAAAAAGAAAACG